AUGAACCUAAAGUUCCAUGUUGGGAAAGUUUCCUCUUCCUCCCAUCCAGACCAGCUUGUCCUGCUUGGCUGGGGUCUCCCCCUCCAGGGCCGAGGCAGCAGGAUGUCCGCUGGUGGAAGCAGCUCUGCCUGGGGCUUCCAAGGAGGAGCUGGCAGCUGUGGUCUGAGUGGGGGCCUUAGCGGUGGCACCGGAGGAGGCUUUGGGAGCUGCUCCGCAGGGGAUACGUGGGGCGCAGGCUUGGGCUCCGCCGGCUUUGGCGGGAGUUCCUGCUUUGGCAGGGGCUCUGGCUUCGGUGGAGUUUCUGGAUUCAACACUGGUGCUAGUGGAGGCUUCUGCAGCUACAGGGGUGGAACGGAAAGUGGCUUUCGGGGUGUCAGUGGCGGCGGCAAUGGGGGGCUUCUCCCUGGGAACGAGAAAGUCACCAUGCAGAACCUCAGUGACUGCCUGGCCAGUUACCUGGACAAGGGCCGGGCCCUGGGGGAUGCCAACACCGAUCUGGAGAAUAAAAUCCAGGCGUGGUAUGGCAGAUUGGGGCCUGGGUCUGGAGAUGGUGGCACCAGGAGAGAUUGCAGAUUGGGGCCUGGGUCUGGAGAUGGUGGCACCAGGAGAGAUCUCAGGAAGUACGAGAACGAGAACGAGCUGUGCCUGCGGCAGAGCGUGGAGGCCGACGCCAGCGGGCUGCGCAGGGUGCUGGACGAGCGGACCCUGGCCAGGGCCGACCUGGAGGUGCAGAUCGAGGGCCUCGCGGAGGAGCUGGCCUACCUGAGGAAGACCCGCGAGGAGAGCGCUCCCCUCCGGGCACAGAUCUCUACCGAAGCCGCGGAGGCCAGUUCUGCCAAAACGGAGAGGCCGGAGCUGAGACGCAUGCAAGCCCUGGCGCUGGAGCUGCGGUCCCAGCUGGCCAUGGGCUCCCUGGGAGGGACGCUGGCUGACCCAGAAGCCGGCUACGCGGCGCAGCUGUCGGGAAUUCAGAUGCGGCUCGGCGGCCUGGAGGAGCAGAUCUGCCAGAUCCGGAGGGAGACCGAGGGCCGGAGCGGAGAGUCCGAGGCGCUGCUGGACACCAAGGCGUGCCUGGAGCGGGAGAUCGAUACCUACCACCGCCUGCUGGACAGAGCAGGGGCUGGCUCUGGUUUUGAAAGAUCCAGGGACUCGGUACCAGGUGGCUCAAGAGAAAGUCAAGGAAGAGACCCUAACAAGAAGAGGGUGACCAAGACCAUCCUAGAAGAGGUGGUGGACGGCAGAGUCGUCUCUUCUCAUGUCAGCAGCAUUUCCGAGGUGAAAAUCGAGUAA